AUUUUUGACCUCUUCUAUAAGCGGAAAGCCAUAAGCAGAGAACUGUAUGAAUAUUGUAUUAAAGAAGGCUAUGCAGACAAAAACCUGAUCGCAAAAUGGAAAAAGCAGGGUUACGAGAAUUUAUGCUGCCUGCGGUGCAUUCAGACACGGGACACCAAUUUUGGGACAAAUUGCAUUUGCCGGGUCCCCAAAAGCAAGCUAGAAGUGGGUCGAAUCAUCGAGUGCACGCACUGCGGCUGCAGGGGCUGCUCUGGCUGAGGCCCUCAGGCCCUGACCCCUCUCCACCCAAGACAUUGGACUUCGCAGGUUUCUGCCUGUUGCACCACCCCCUUUGAGAGCAGCUCUUCUC